CCUGGGCAAUGCUGGUCAGGUGAGGGCGCAUUGCUUUGACUCUUGAGUUGAAGUUGGACUAGCUUCAGCUGAGAGGACCUCUUCUGUUGAUAGGAAAACGCGCUUUGUUUGGCCGCUGGGCUGCGAUGCGCUUGUGACCCCCCUACCUUUGCGCCACCUGCUCGGAUGUGCCCCCUGCUGCCGUACGUGCUGGGGGCAUGGUGCGCGGGCUGGUGCGGGUCGCGGCUGUGCCGCAGCGGCACUGCCGACAGCCGCGGGGAGGAGUGGAAGGCGGCCAGCAUGGAGGAGGCGCAGGAGAUACUGCACUUUGCCCGUCUGAACAUGGGAGCUUACGCGGCAAGCCCCAAGGAGGCCGUUCGCGAUGCUGGGGAGGUGGUGGCUUAUUCUCCAGAGCCAAGGCUGGUGGCAGGCACUCAGCAUUGCCCCGCCCAUAUCAUCUACCAGGACGAUGAUCGCACGACAGUGGUGGUGGCGGUACGGGGGCUUGACAUGGGGAGCCGCUACGACUUUCGCACCCUGUGCGACAACCACAAGGGCAAGACCAUGUACCAAGGGGGCUACGUGCACCAUGGCCUGCUGCAGGCUGCGGAGUGCUUGCUCAAGAUGGAGGGUGAGUAUGUGGCGGGCCUCCUCGCCAAACACCCUGACUACCACCUCGUCUUUGUGGGGCACUCUCUCGGCGCAGGCAUCGCCAUGCUGGCCACCAUCUUGGUCGCUGAUGACGGCAGCCGGGUAGGGGGCAUAAGCAGGGACCGCCUGAAAGGCUAUGGCAUUGCGCCCCCGCGCGCCGUUUCACUGGACCUGGCCGUCAAGUACGCGGACGUCGUCAAUGGCGUCGUCCUCCAGGACGACUUUCUGCCUCGCAUGAGCACCACCACCAUCGCCAAGAUCUGGCCCGUCGCCGAUCGCACCUCCUGCUUCUGCCGCUACGGCAUCACCUGUGCUUGCUGCUUCAUCAUUCCGCGGUGCCUGCGCGACUCGUGCAUCUCGGACAGCCGGCGGCUGAAAGACCCGCGCCGGCUCUACCCCGCUGGCCGGCUCUACCACGUGGUCGUCAAAGAGCCGUGGAGGUGGCACCCCCCGCCCAAGCUGCUGACGGGCGUGCCGGUGAAGGGCCGCUUCGAGCGGGUGGUCAUCACCACCAGCACCUUCGUGGACCACAAUCUCACCGCGCUCAUCGACACACUCACGGAGAAAAUGGUGGUGGCACCCCUGAGCGCGCCGCUGACGACCCCUCCGACGCCGCACAAGAUGGAGCGGCUGGCGCGGCAGAAUUCGCGGCGCGAGGACAAGGAGCGCGCGGAGAGCGAGAUGCAGAAGCUGGAGCCGGCGCGGCAACGCGUGGAGGCGCAAAAGGUGGCGCGCGACCAGGCGCGGGAGGGCGCGGGCCAGGCCAAGCGGGCCGGCCUCGAGCAAACAAUCCUUGAUAUUCGACGGCGCGCGGGGCUGGAACGGAAAGAGAUGCAAAGGCUGGGCGGCGGGGAGUCGGCCCCGCAGGGCAGCGGUCAAAAUGUCUCGCACGGGGAGGAGGAACGGACGGCAAAGCCGGACGGUGCCCGCGAGGAGGGAAGAUCGGACGCCCACGUGGGGCCGCGCUUGGAAGUAGCUGCGAAAAGGGAGUUGGAAGCGCCGCGCCAGGACAGAGAGGAGGGGGAUGAAAGGGAGGAGAGAGGAGCGACGGAAAGCAACGUGGAAGAGGUAGAAACGGAAGGGGAGGUUGAGGGAAGGCAACCGGGACAUGAGCCGUCUCGUCACUAGGAAUGUGACGCUUUGAGGCGCGAGGAGGCGGUCACAUGUAGAUUGUUCAACUGACUAGUGAGCUCCUGAGCACCGAUUGCUCAGUCUAACCUAUAGAUUGCGCUGCUUAUGGCGACCAUUAAAAGUAGUCGAGUUUGAUACGUAAAGGUUAUCCAACGAGUGCGAGAGAAUAUCGAAGUUUCGCGUCGAACGAGAGCGGAUAUUCCACGAGGGCCUCCGAGGCCCGAGUGGAAUAUGAAGCUCGAGUUUGACGCGAAAUCUUCGAUAUGCUCGAGCACGAGUGAGGGUAACCGACUUAUCUCACGACCGGACUCCGAUGUAUCGUCGAACCUGGUAAGGGUCUCGCGUCUAUUCCACCGCUGAGCGUUGAAUAAAAAUAUAUAUUCAACGCCUGGGUCGCCGACUAAGUUCGACGCCGAAACUGUACUAAUACUCAACGCCGAAAUGGCUGAGCGCAAAAACCGGUCGUGGGAUAAGAACUUAUAUCCUGACAAUGUUUUGCCUCCAGCUAGGUGGCAUGCGUCAAAUUCAGUAACGCUAGGUAGAAAAGAUCUAGUAUGCCCACCGCUAAGGUAGGAACAAAACCUGG